AUGUCACCUAGCAUACUCCUGAACGGCAAUGUCCCCAACGACAACUUUCUGCCUACGGCUGGAAACCCGCCUAUAAAGGCUAUCAGCGCAACGAGAACCACACUUGAUCUGCCAUCGCUCCUAACCCGCCUCUCGUCUAGCUACACCAAUCCAUCUCUCACAGUGUUCUCCCAGAGACUAAAUCUCCGCUCGACACCUAUACCAACCCCGUGUCCAACCCAGGCCCUCAUUCAUGUUCGCUGCACCGGUAUCUGCGGCUCUGACCUUCAUCUGUGGCAUCGUGGCGCUAUUGGACCCUUGCGAAUUACAUCUCCCUGCAUCCUCGGCCAUGAGGCUGCUGGCGAGGUACUCGCUGUUGGUGCAGCCGUGAAAAAUCUCGAGCCAGGCGACCGCGUGGCAAUUGAGCCCGGUGUUCCUUGUGGAGAGUGCUGGCUAUGCUAUCAGGGCCGUUACAAUCUAUGUGAGAGCGUUAAAUUCGCUGGUGUGGCAGAUUGCGAUGGGAGUAUACGACGGUUCAUGGUUCAUGAGGCUAAGUACUGCCACAAAAUCCCAGACAGCAUGACAUUCCGCACCGCAGCAUUGCUAGAGCCAUUGGCAGUUGUGAUGCAUGCGAUAUCCAUGUGCGCUGGGAAAUUGGCGUUGGGGAGGCCGGCUUUGGUGUGUGGCGCAGGGCCAAUAGGGCUGAUUGCAUUGAAGGCAGCGAGAGCCAGUGGUGCGUGGCCUUUGGUGAUUACUGAUGUUGAUGAGGCGAGAUUAGAUUUUGCGACGCGGUUUGUGUCAGGUGUUAGGCCUUGGUUGAUCCAGGGUGACAGUGCGUUGGAGAACUCGGAUGGACUGAGGAAGCUAUUUGGGUAUAAGGACGAGUAUCUAGCGCCACAGGUGGUCUUGGAAUGCACCGGCGUGGAGAGUAGUGUCGCGACGGCCGCGUAUGCUUGUCGGAGGGGUGGGACUGUCGUUGUCGUCGGAGUUGGGAAGAGUAAGAUGGACAAUUUACCAUUUAUGCACUUGAGUUUAGGGGAAAUCGAUUUGAAGUUCAUUAACAGAUACAAGGACAUGUGGCCGGCGGCCAUCAAUUUGUUGGGCGAUGGAAGGAUCAUGGACUUGGAUGGUUUGGUCACACAUCAGUUCGAACUGGAAAGGGCAAUCGAAGCAAUGGAAACAUGUGCGGAUAGGACGUCGGGUAGUAUCAAGGUGCAGAUCGUGGACGACGAGAAAAUUCAAAUUUAG